AUGUCAGACUUGAAGCAGGAUGACCUUGCUAGGGAAAUAUUGGAUCGGGUUGAUAUGGGACCUUAUGGUCCCUCAGGCCGGCGUCUGCAAUCCGUCGACACCACCAAGGAAGACUUCUUCGCUUCAGUUCUCAAAAGCAACGAGAUGUCUCAUAGUAGGGAUCCUUCGAGGGCUUUGCGACAGUCUCGCGUGUCUCGAGAAAUAGUAUCCUCAAGUCAAGACCAUGGGCUAUCAGUUGUUCCGACAAAACAAUGGCAAGACAACUUAUCGCAGCGCUUGUGCGCUCUCUCGAAUGGGACCUUCCCCCCGAGUAGUUCCUACUCAAGCAAUACUGGGGGAUACCCUGCUGCUCCCGGGGAUCACCAGCCUGCGUCUCAGAAACGACGGUUACACGCUUCGCCACCAUCGGCCACACCGGACUGGAGCAACCUGUACACAAUUGAUCCUAACACCGAAGACGAGGAGUUCCGCGAGACAACCAACGAACUUGGCCAACUGUCUUUGGACGAAAACCAAGAGGUCCGGUUCCAUGGGAAAUCGAGCGGUCUUCAUUUGCUGGGGAGAAGCCUUCGAGCAGAUGAUCGAAUUGAGGGUGGCGUCUGGCGUCUGCCGAUGGCGCGGGUGUGGCCGCAGUCCAAGCUUGUUGUCCAAGACGUGUCUGCAGAAAGCCUAGAAGUCCACCUGCCACCUAUCGAAGAGCAAGAUCUACUUGUCAGACUUUACUUCACCUACGUCCAUCCGGUUUUCCCCAUCAUUCACAAAACGCGCUUCCUUAAUGAAUACCACAAUCGAAAACAAAAUCCCUCGUUUUUCAGCUCGGCCGCAUCUCCACCGGGGGCAAACACGACUCCGAAACCAGAGCCCACACAAGAGAUCACACCUUUACUUCUACUAUCCAUGUUUUCCAUCUCGGCCCGAUUCCUGGACGAUGAAGAAGCGCACAACACAAAUGGCAAGAUGUGGGAGGCUGGAUGGAAGUACGCUGAAGAUGCCCGGAAGAUCCUAAGCAAGUACGCUGUCCGACACUCAAGGCCGACCGUGGUACAGGCCCUCAUCCUUUUAGGUGGUAGGGAAUUUGGUAUUGGAUCGAUGGAGCAGGGUUGGCUUCUAAUUGGCAUGGGUAUUCGUAUGGCGUACGAUCUGGGGUUAAAUUGUGAUUCCUCACAAUGGAAGAUCAACGGCCACGCCUUGUUCACGCAAGAAGAAACUCAAACGCGAAGGCAGAUCUGGUGGACAUGCUGCAUGGUAGACAGAUAUGGGUCUCUCUACAUGGGCCGGCCUGUGAUGAUCAAGGACGGGGACUACGACACGCCUCUGCCUGAUAUUGAUCCUGUUGAGGAUCGCGAUCCUUGGCAACCUGUUGAAGGGAUGAAUCAAAUUCCCUACGCACCUGCUCCUGGACGUAUCUUGAGCACACUGUGUGCAGUAUCCCGGCUGUCCAUGAUUGUCGGAGCCAUCAUCACCAAGGUUUAUCCCAUCAAUCCUCCCCUUAAGGAAUCUCGACAACAGUUACUUGCUGAACUUGAGAGCCGACUAGACCAGUGGUACUAUACUCUGCCGGAGCAUUUGCGACUGGACCCUGGACCACGCAAAGUCACUCCUCCACCACAGAUUCUUUUCCUUCAUAUUCGGUAUUGGGGUGCUGUAUUGCUGCUCCACCGUGGCUUUAUUCCCAACUGGAGACGCAUGGACGAAGUGGCGCGUAGCUCAACAAUUGGUACACGGGCAUUCGAUCUCGCUCGAAGUGCUGCUUGUCAAAUGAGCUCAAUAAUAACAACCUAUCGCGAAACCUUCACUCUGAGGCGAUCAUCGCCUUUCCUUACGUCCUACCUCCUGAGUGCUGGCAUUGUUCAGGUCUUGACUUUGACUUUGCGCCCCGACGACGUGGAAGCUUCCGUAGGUUUACAGCAACUAAAAGCCGCGCUGAAAGACAUGGAGUUGACAUGGCCAAGUGCCGCUCGAGCUUGGGAACUUUUGAAUGGUGCACACCUUUCUAACCGGGCAAACACGAGCUACAUGGACCUGGCGUUCCAAACGAGGCCGAAGAGGCCUGCAGAAGCAGCUUUUGGUCAGGACAAGGUUUCCGACUACCCGCGGCAGGAAGCGUUUGUGGCUAAUUCGCAUGCGGGGAUGCAACCUCCGAUGAACAAGAACAAUGGUGUGCAGGACAUGAGCACACGGAUGAUGGCGUCCAUGUUGGGUUUGGAUGUACCCGGGGUCGAGCCUUCAACGUCUUUCUUCCCUGGAUACGAGUGGUGGCCACGACCUGACCAAAUGUCGAUGCACCACCACGAGCCAGUAGUGGCACCAAUAACCGACGCGCCUUCCUAUUCGGGGCAAAGUCAUGAUCCCAAUAUGUUGUUGCCGAUGGGUGCCCCUGUGCAAAAUCCUCAGCUCAGCAAUCCACUGGAGCAAUGGAUACCGAUGCAAAACCAAAACGCUCAGCAACCUGUCAACGGUCUGAACCUCAACUACGCUUACGAUUUCCAACAUUAUGGUGUAUAG